AGAGAGACAGGCAGAGAGAGAGAGAGAGAGAGGAGGAAGUAGGCUUCCUGCCGGGCAGAGACCCUGAGAUCAUGACCUGAGUCAAAGGCAGAGGCUUUAACCCACUGAGCCACCCAGGUGCCCCUUCCUAAGCAUUAUUUCUCAAAGAGACUAUCUUUUCCCCAUGGUAUAUUCUUGAUUCCUUUGUCAUAAAUUAAUUAACCAUAAUAUGCAUAGAUUUAUUUUGGGGCUCUGUAUUCUGUCCCAUUAAUCCAAAUGUCUCUUUUUAUGUCAGUAUCAUACUGUUUUUUAAUUACUGUAGCUUUUGAAGAUUCUUCCAUGUCUUUUCAUGGCUCGAUGGCUCUUUUGUUUUUUAGUGCUAAAUAAUAAUCCAUUGUUUAGAUAUACCACAGUUUAUCCAUUCAUCUACUGAAGAACAUCUUGGUUGCUCCCAAGUUUUGGUAAUUAUGAAUAAAGCUUUUAUAAACAUCUGUGUGGGGGUGCGUAUGUGGCUCAAUUGGUCAAACAUCUGCCUUCAGCUCAGGUCAUGAUCCCGGGGUCUUGGGGUCAAGUUCCGCAUCAGGCUCCUUGCUCGGGGGGUAUCUGCUUCUUCCUGCCACUCCCCUCUGCUUGUGCACCACCCACCCCUACCGAACAAAUAAAUAAAAUUUUAAAAAAAAUAUUUAAAAAACUAAGCAUCUGUGUGCAGUUUUCUAUAUAAAGAUAGUUUUCAGUUCCUUUGGGUAAAUACCAAGGAGUGUGAUUGCUGGAUCAUAUGGCAAAAGCAUGUUUAGUUUUGUAAGAAACUGCCCUACUGUCCUGGCAUUCCCACCAGCAGUGAGUGAGAGUUCCUGUUGUUGCACAUUCUCAUCAGCAUUUGGGGUUAUCAGUGUUCUUCUGGAUUUGGGCCAUUCUAAUAGACGUGUAGUAGUGUUUCAUUGUUUUAAUUUGCAGGUCGCUAAUGAUAUAUCAUGUUGAACAUCUUUUCAUAUGAUUAUUUGUCAUCUGUAUAUCUUAUUUUAUAAGGUAUCUGUUCAGGUCUUUGGUUCAUUUUUUUUUUUUUUCCUUUCUUCAAAAACCUUAUUUACUAUAAAGACAAAACACCAAAAUAGGUAUAAAUAAUAUAAAAUUGGUUCAGUUGGGUAAAAUUUUUAGUUAAAAUAUCUUAAUAUAUUUACAAUAACAAAGGACACAUUUAAUUUGGCCCUUUCUUGAAUCAGGUUGUUCAUUUUCUUGUUGAAUUUUUUAAAAAAAUUUGUGUGUAUUUUGGAUAAUUAUAGCCCUUCUUCAGUUAUGUGUAUCUUUUGCAAAUAUUUCCUCUCAGUGUGUGGUUUGUCUUCUCAUUGUCUUUUGUAGAGCACAAGAUUUUAAUUUUAAUGAAGUUCACUUUAUCAUUUCUUUUUUUCACAGAUCAUGCCUUUGGUGUUGAAUCUAAAAAGUCAUCAACAUACCCAAAGUCAUCUAGGUUUUUUCAAGUGAUAUCUUCUAGAUGUUUUAUAGUUUUGUGAUUUACAUUUAAGUCUGUGAUUGAUUUUGAGUUAAUUUUUGUGAAUGGUGUAAGUCUAUGACUACAUGAAUUUAUUUGCAUGUCAAUGUCCAGUUGUUCUAGUACCAUUUGUUGAAAAGACUAUCUUUGCUCUAAAGAUCAGUUGACUGUACUUACGUGGAUCUAUUUCUGGGUUGUCUGUUCCGUUCCAUUGAUCUGUUUGUCUGUUCUUUUACCAGUACCACAGUGUUGAUUGCUAGAGCUUAAGUCUUGAAGUCUUGCUAUAUGAUUAAUGGAUGCCUGGGAAUUGAUGUUCAUAUAUAUUCAGAAAUGUUUUGCCACCUGAGACCUGUGAGAAGGUUAUGUCUAGAGAAGAUAUUUCCACACUGGUUUCUUUCCUCAAGAACUUUAUCAGGAGCUGAAGCCGUCAAUGCCUUGAGACCAUUCUACUUUGCAGUACAUCCAGAUUUCUUUGGACAGCACCCCAGAGAAAGGGAAGUCAAUGAAAAUUCUCUUAAGAGAUUGAGUGUCUACUUAGAAAACCUCCAGAAACCAGGCUUCAGGUCUUUGAAACCAACUCCGCUUACAUUUUAUGUAAGAGAAACGGAGCAGAAUUCCUCUGAAGGCCAGGAACCCUUUAGCACUUCUGGAUUUCGAGCAGUCAAAUUUACUUUGCACACCAGAGAUCUGCUAAGCACAGUAUUAUAUAUUCUCAACUCCUGCAGUUUAUCUGUUGAACAUAUCCAAAGCUUGAAUACUAAUGUGCAUUCUCAGCCUCUCAAGGAGGCUAAAAGGAUGUCUGACAGGCCCAUCAAGUGGGACAAAUCUUACUACUACUUUACUGGAUUUAAGGACCCUCAUGAAGACCUCGAACAAGUCUCAAGAAUGGAAACAACCCUAACAUCCUGGUUAGAUAACAAUGGGAAAAGUGCAGUUAAAAAACUGAAGAACAGUUUGCCCCUUAGGAAAGAGCUAGAGCGUUUAAAGGAUGAUCUGUCCCAUCAGCUGCAGCUCUCAGACAUCAGGUGGCAGAGGAGCUGGGGAAUUGCGCAUCGAUGUAGCCAGCUGCAUAGUUUAGGCCGCUUAGCACAGCAGAACUUGGAAACACUGAAAAAUGCAAAAGGAUGUACAAUAAUAUUUACAGACCGAUCCGGGAUGAGUGCAGUGGGCCAUGUGAUGCUAGGAACAAUGGAUGUCCAUCAUCACUGGACAAAACUUUUUGAAAGGUUACCAAGUUAUUUUGACCUGCAGAGGAGGCUGAUGCUUUUAGAAGACCAAAUAAGCUAUCUUCUCGGAGGCAUACAAGUGGUUUAUAUUGAGGAAUUGCAACCAGUAUUGACGCUUGAAGAAUAUUACUCUCUUCUUGAUGUGUUCUAUAAUAGACUGUUGAAAAACAGAAUACCCUUUCACCCUCGAAGUCUGCGUGGUUUACAGAUGAUCCUUAACAGUGACAGAUAUGCUCCAAGCUUGCAUGAACUUGGGUACUUUAACAUCCCAAGCCUCUGUGACCCAGCAAACCUCCAGUGGUUUAUCCUUACCAAAGCCCAGCAGGCGAGAGACAACAUGAAAAGAAAAGAAGAGUUAAAAGUUAUUGAAAAUGAAUUGAUACAGGCUUCAACGAAGAAAUUUUCUCUGGAAAAGUUUUAUAAGGAGCCCAGCGUUUCUAGUAAACAAAUGGUGGAUUGUUGUAAGAGACUUCUAGAACAGUCACUGCCUUACCUAAAAGGGAUGCACCUCUGCAUUUCACAUUUUUAUUCUGUUAUGCAAGAUGGAGACCUUUGUAUUCCUUGGAAUUGGAAGGAUGGAGAAGCCGUUAAAUAACAGAAAAUCUGUAUUAUUUUUGAGGUGAUAAGAAACUGUUAAACUUCUUUAAAUCCACAAUCUGAUAUAACAGUAUUAUUUACAUAUUACAAGAACGAAGUUUCUAACUGCUGCUCUAAAAGUGGAACUUUUUAAAAAAUUAAUUUCUGCUACAAAACUCAUUUUAAAAGGUUUUAUCUCACAGUCUUACGGUGUUUCUUAUCUGAUUGGCAAGAUUGGGUAAAAAGAUGUCAGAAUGAACAUUUUUUAGCAAUGUGUACAUAGGAUAUCUCUGUAUUUUUAUAUGACUUAACGUGGGUAUAAACAGGUCUCAUUCAGCAUAGCUCUCAAGUAAUGGGACUCAUGCAAAUGGAUAGUUGCCUCUUGUGUGUCAGCAUAAAUGUGUGUUUUGCAGCCAGGAGGGGAUAGUUACUGCUUAAAACAGGAGACUUAUGGGUACCAAAAAUUAGAUAACCAGAUUUUUCCUGAAAGAAAGAGUAGAAGGAAAAACAAAGCAAUGUAUAGUAUUCACAUUGUCAUAAGUAGUCUGAUACCAGUUUGUUAAAACAUCUUAGUGACAGAAAAUUUAGGUUUAAAUCCAGAAGUUUUCUUACCUAUUAAGUUUUUCUUACCUAUUAAAAUAUAACUGUUGGUUAGGAUGACACUAUCAGACAGUAAAUGUCUUUGAAUCAG